AUGCUUAUUUAUUUUAGUUUCAUUACCAAUAUUUCUUUCUUUCUUUCUUUCUUUCUUUCUUUCUUUCUUCAUGCUAAUAUAUGCUUAUUUAUUUUAGUUUCAUUACCAAUAUUGCUUUCUUUCUUUCUUUCUUUCUUUCUUUCUUUCUUUCUUUCUUUCUUUCUUUCUUUCUUCAUGCUUACUUUAUUUUAUUUCUUUCUUUCUUUGUUUUUGCUUUUUCUUUCUCUUUCUUUCUAUAGUUUAGUUUGUUUUUCUUUCUUUUUUGAUUUUUUUUUAAAAUCUUUCUUUUUUCUUUUCCUUUUUCUUUCAAAUGUUUUUCUCUUACUUUUUCCUUUUAUUCUUUUUGUUCACGUUAACACUUCCGUUUUUCUUUUUAUAUAUUUCUUUCUUUUAGUUUUAUUUCCUUUUUCUUUCAAUUUCCUUUUAUUCUUUCUUUUAGCUAGCUUUUACUUUUUAUUUAAUUUAGUUUUCCUUUUACUUUUUCUUUCUUUUCUUCUUUAUUUUAUUAUUGCUUCUUUCUUUCUUCAUUUCUUUCUGAUUUUUAGUAUUUUUUGUUCAUUUAUACUUUUAAGUUUACUUUUUCAUUAUUUUUGUUCAUUUUUACAUUUCUGUUUUUUUUUUCUUUUUUAUACAUUUGCUUUUUAUUCUUUCUUUUUGUUUGGUUUUACUUUCUCUUUCAUUUCUUGUUUGCUUUUCUUUUUCUUUGUUGCUUUAAUUUUUCUUAAAUUUUCUUCUUCUUUCUGUUUUUCUUUCAUUGCUUUUUACUUUUCUGUUUUCUUCUCUAUGUAUUUCUUUUGA